UAUAAUUUGUAUAGAUACCAAUUAAAUAUUUGUACCAGUCUUAGGUACCUACUAGACAUAUUAUUUAAUUAGAUAUUUAAUUUUUUGUAGUUCAGUCCCAUAAUGCCAUAAAUGAUGGCACUAAAUCAAACGAUAGCUGCAUUUAUGGAAAUCGAUGUACAGACAGUUCAUACAGCAUAAAUACCCCAUCAACCAACUUAGCAAUAGCAUCUACUUCUCAUUCUAAAAUUUCUAACUCAGGUAAGUUUAAGAUUUUAAGUUAUUUUUAUUAUUACAUCCAUAACAUUCAUCAUAGACAUUAUACACACAUACCUAUUUAAUUUAUAUGAUUAUAUGAAUAUGAAAAGAGCUUCAUUAACCUCGCCUCCAUCCCAAUUCAGCAAAUUCAAUUAUUAUUUAUUUUUAAUUGUACCUACCUAGUUACCUAGUUAGGUACAAUGUAUUAUUUUAGUUCUUACCUAUAUAUAUUAAAUAUUUAUACACCCAUAUUUAAUUUAUAUAAUUUAAGAAGAAGACUUAAAUUCAAACGUUGAAGAAAAAGAGACUGCCUGUAAGGAAAAAUCAAAUAAUUUUGAACUAUUACCUGCGUCAACAGUUCAAACUUCAUCUUUUGAAGAAGACUUAAAUUCAAACGUUGAAGAAAAUGAGACUGCCUUUAAGGAAAAAUCAAAUAAUGUUGAACUAUUACCUGCGUCAACAGUUCAAACUUCAUCUAUUGUACCAUGUCACUUAUCUCAAAACUAUAUUGACUCUGCAAUUAGUGCUGAACAUUUAUCUAUUGAUCCAGGAAUUCUUCGAAAUUUGAAAUUAUCGCCCGAAGAGAAAAUGAAUAUUAUUCAAAGAGGCCCUUGUCAACCUACAGAAAUCGACACAAAUUUUCCUAAAUCAAAUGGUCGACGUUUUUUGUCGAAAUUUUACUGGAAUGAACCUAUUAACGGAGAACGUUUCUGUAGAGAUUGGUUGAGUUAUUCUAUUUUAUUAGAUAGAGUUUUUUGUAUAUAUUGUAUGUUUUUUGGUAAGAAUUCACAGAAAGCUUGGACGUACGAUGGCUUUCAUGCGUGGCAAAGACCUAAAGACAUCAGUAUACAUGAGAAGACUACUCCACACAUCAAUGCAACUGUUACUGUCAAAAUGAAAUUGUUAUCCAUGCCUGUGUUACCAGUACUUACUGCAAAAAGAAAAAUACAAGUAGAAUUUAACAGAGAAAUAGUUCAUCAGCUUAUAGAGGUUACACUGUAUCUUAGCAGACAUUCUUUAGCAUUCCGUGGGCAUAGAGAAGGCUUCAAUGAAAAUAUUCGAGGUAAUUUUAAUGAUUUAGUCAUUCUAUUAAGUAAAUGGUCACCAUCUUUGGCUAUUUAUUUAGAAAGAUUACAGUCAAACGGUCGAAGUGAAACAAACUUUUUAUCCUGGGAACGGCAAAAUCAAUUAAUAGAUUCAGUUUCAACUAUUAUCAACAAAUCUAUUAAAAAAGAAAUUAUUGAUGCUAAGUAUUUUAGUGUCUCUAUUGAUACAACAUUCGACUCAUCUAAAAGAGAGCAACUAGCUUUUGUUGUACGGUAUGUUAGUUUUUCUAAUAAAAUCCCAGAAAUUCAAGAACGGUUGAUUGCAUUAAAAGAAUCUUCUCUUACUACUGGUCAAAGAUUGUUUGAAAUCUUUAAAGAUGUUUGUAAUGAAAGAGAAUUAAACUGGAAACUACACUUAAUUGGUCAGAGUUAUGAUGGUGCUAGUAACAUGCGAGGAGAGUACGAAGGUCUACAAGCAUUGGUUCUUCAGCAAAAUCCUUCGGCCAUUUACAUCUGGUGCUAUUCCCAUAGAUUAAACCUUAUAGUUAUACAAAUGGCAAGUACUUCUUCCAAUGCAGUUGAUACAUUUGGAAACUUAGAAUCUUUGUACAGUUUUAUAUCAAGUAGUAAAAAGAGAAUUGCUUUUUUUGAAAAAUCACAAAAAAAACAUUAUCCCAAUCAGAAUGUUCGCCGUUUAAAGCGAGUUGAAACCACAAGAUGGAUGUCAUAUUCCUCAGCUUUAAAUAAUGUUUUACUUACAUACAACGCUGUUAUUGAGACAUUGGAGUAUAUAGUAAGUGAAGAAAGUAGAGUAGAUUUUAAGGUUGGAGCUAAAGCAUCAGGUUUAAUUGAUUUUUUAUUAUCUCAUCGGUUUAUACUUACUGCAUUAUGUUUUAAGAAAAUAUUUAAUUUAAUUGAUCCGCUUACUCGUAUGCUUCAGGCUAUUGAUAUCGAUUUGCUGAGUGCCAUAAAUAAUAUACAAAAUGUCCAUACUUCGUUAAAACAAAUAAGAUGUGACGACAUAUUUGAAGAAAUAUUCAAAGAAUCCAAUUCUUUUAUGAGUGAUCGUGCCAAUGAAUUUGAAUUCACUCACUUGGCCAUAACUAGAAGUAGAACUAAAAAAAAAAAUGUUUGAUGAAAAUUCUAGUGAUGAACCAGUAGUAGAC